UAUGACAAAGAAAUAAAGAGCACGCGUCAACCAAAGAUAUAUAUUAAAAAUAGUUAACUGUGUAAAAUGUACAAAGAACAACCGUUGCUCAAUCAUGCGGACGCCGAAAAUGCCUCGGACAGAAAUGUGCAAAGAGGAAACGUGCAUGCACUGCAAAUGUUCCUUUUAACCACAUUUCUGUUGCUUUUUCUAGCCGGCUCGAUGUUUCAUCCCAAGCCACUGAUGCUCAGAUCUCCGGUACAUCAGCGUGACGAUAAGAAAUACGAUUGCAAUAUAACGCUGGUUGAGUCAAUACCCAUUGGCCUGAACUUUACACCCAACAGCCCAAAGUUCAUGAGCACAUUUGAGGCCUGGCAGCGACUGCUGGACACUAGCAAAUCCUCGCUAGACAUUGGAUCCUACUACUGGUCGCUGCGUGGCGAGGACACGGGCUCGAAUGAGAGCAGCGCUCAGCCUGGAGAGCUGAUUUUCCAGCGUCUGCUGAACAAUGCCAUUGCCACAUCUAAGAUCAAAAUACGUAUUGCACAAAGCGAACCCUCGAGCGUUUCACCAAAUUUGGACACACAAUUACUGGCCAGUUAUGGUGCCGCCGAGGUGGUAUCCCUGGAUUUUCCCAAGUACCUGGGCGGCGGCAUACUGCACACAAAACUCUGGAUUGUGGACGGAGAGCACUUUUAUUUGGGCAGUGCCAACAUGGACUGGCGUGCGCUGACCCAAGUCAAGGAGCUCGGCGUCUUGGCUCAAAAUUGUCCGCAAUUAACCAGCGAUUUGGCAAAGAUCUUCAAGGCAUACUGGUAUCUGGGCAGUAAUACCGACGCACGCAUACCAUCUUCCUGGCCCUUCGAUUACGGAACCAACUACAAUAAGGACCAGCCCAUGUGGCUAAGAGUGAACAAGACGUACACAAUGCAGGCCUUUGCAGCCAGUUCACCUCCCCCACUCUCGGCCUCAGGACGCACCCAUGAUCUGGAUGCCAUAUUAACGACGAUAAAUGGUGCUCUAAAAUUCGUGCAUAUUGCUGUCAUGGAUUACUAUCCAUUGAUUGUCUUUGGACCCAAGGUCCAGUACUGGCCGGCCAUUGACAAUGCGCUGCGCACCGCGGCUGUGGAGCGCGGCGUGGCUGUUAAACUGCUCAUUUCCUGGUGGAAGCAUUCGGAUGCCAGCCAGGAUAACUAUUUGCGCUCGCUGCAGGAUCUGACCAUGGCCCACCCGCAUGUGGAUAUACAAAUUCGCCGUUUUAUUGUGCCCGCAGAUGAGGAUCAAAAGCGCAUACCCUAUGGUCGCGUCAAUCACAACAAGUACAUGGUCACUGACAGAGUCGCGUAUAUAGGCACCUCCAAUUGGUCUGGGGAUUAUUUCACAGACACUGCCGGCAUUGGCCUGGUCCUAAAGGACACAGAGCCCGGCUUAACAGGCACCAUACGCAACCAAUUGCAGAGUGUCUUCGCGCGGGAUUGGAACAGCACAUAUGCCAGCUCAUUCACCUAAGCAAUGCCUAGCACUUGUACUAUUUUUUUUAACUGGCAAGCUUAUUAAUCAGCGCAUUAUCUGACGUCAUUUUAUUUCAUAGCUUUUUACCACAUUUUGAUAACAGUAUUUUUAUGCUUCAUAUUUCACAUCCUACACUGUUGUAAACAAAGUACUGCGCUAUUUUGUUAUCUAAAUAUAUAAACUGUUUCCUCUGGAA